UCCUCCAGUCGACACACUAAAUAACAACACGUACAGAUCGUGAAGGAGGUGAAAAAGAUAGUGUUAAGGAACCUGUGACUUGAAGCCCCGUUUGGCCAUUUCCUUCCAGACAGCAGGAGGCGUGAAAACAUAAAAAGGAUACAAGCCGAAACGAAGCAAGGACUGUUACGAGCAAAUAACAACAAGCAAAGUGUGCUGAACAGGACGAGAUCGACUUGGAACAACAGCAUGAGGAUCAGUUAGCUCAAGGACCUACUUACCUGUGUUUCUCCACCUGCAAUUAUACCAGGAGGACUUAAUGCAACUCGACUGAUGACCUUGACGUCUUCUUUCUGGGGUCUUUGCCUAAGUUGCAGCAGAAGUCCCAGCGAUGAUGGCGUAGAAGAAUUCGUAGUUACUAGAGAGCUCGUAGAAGGGGACAUGGACAAUGCAGGACCCCAGUAUGUUCCAAGGAGCCGGAGCCAGCAGGGAGCUCAGACGCCAUGCAGCUCAAGUGUUCCACGGGACUACAGGACUUUUCCGGACCCAAGGAACGACCAGUCCUUCGCGAAUGUUACAGCGUCGCCGUCAGAAGAAGACAAAAAGAGUUUUGUACGGGGAGCUCAGACGCCAUGCAGCUCAAGUGUUCCACGGGACUACAGGACUUUUCCGGACCCAAGGAGCGAGCAGUCAUUCGCGAAAGUUACAGCACCGCCGUCAGAGGAAGACGAAAAGGGUUUUGUACGGGGAGCUCAGACGCCAGGCAGCUCAAGUUAUCCAGGGGACUACUGGCCUUCUACGGACCCAAGGAACAAGCAGUCCUUCGCGGAUCCUGCAGCGUCGCCAUCAGAGGAAGACGAAAAGGGUUUUGUACAGGCACCGGCGUGGCACUUGGGCACCCACGUGGCACUGAGGGACCGUUGUGCCACUUCCUACCGAUAUGACACUAGGCAGCAGUCUGACACGCGGAAACCAUCUUGA